AUGCCACCAAAAGCAGAUUGGGAAAAAUACAGAGCUCCAGUGGAGGAAGACAAACAAAAACAAGAUGAUAAGAUUAUUCCUUUAAGUGAAGGGGAUAUUCAAGUUUUACGUACUUAUGGUGUUGCACCAUAUGCUAAGAAGAUAAAAGAAGUUGAAGAAGAUAUCAAGACUCUAGAGGGUAAAAUUAAAGAAAAAAUUGGUGUCAAAGAAAGUAAUACAGGUUUAGCUCCACCACAUUUAUGGGAUGUUGCAGCUGAUAGACAAAGAAUGGAACAAGAACAACCAUUACAAGUUGCUAGAUGUACCAAGAUUAUUAAGAGUGAUGAAGGUGAAGAUAAAUCAAAAUAUGUUAUAAAUAUUAAACAGAUUGCUAAAUUUGUUGUUGCAUUAGGUGAAAAAGUUUCACCAACUGAUAUUGAAGAAGCUAUGAGAGUUGGUGUUGAUCGUACAAAAUAUGAAAUUCAAUUACCAUUACCUCCAAAAAUUGAUCCUUCUGUUACUAUGAUGACUGUUGAAGAUAAACCAGAUGUUACUUAUAGUGAUGUUGGUGGUUGUAAAGAACAAAUUGAAAAAUUAAGAGAAGUUGUUGAAUUACCUUUAUUAUCACCUGAAAGAUUUGUUAAAUUAGGUAUUGAUCCUCCAAAGGGUAUAUUAUUAUAUGGUCCUCCAGGUACUGGUAAAACUUUAUGUGCAAGAGCUGUGGCAAAUAGAACUGAUGCAACAUUUAUUAGAGUUAUUGGUUCAGAAUUAGUACAAAAAUAUGUUGGUGAAGGUGCUCGUAUGGUUAGAGAAUUAUUUGAAAUGGCAAGAACUAAAAAAGCUUGUAUUAUAUUCUUUGAUGAAAUUGAUGCAGUAGGAGGUGCAAGAGUUGAUGAUGGUGCUGGUGGUGAUAAUGAAGUUCAACGUACCAUGUUGGAAUUAAUUACACAAUUGGAUGGUUUUGAUGCAAGAGGUAAUAUUAAAGUUAUGUUUGCUACAAAUAGACCAAAUACUUUAGAUCCUGCAUUAUUAAGACCUGGUAGAAUUGAUAGAAAAGUUGAAUUUUCUUUACCAGAUUUAGAAGGUCGUGCAAAUAUUUUUAGAAUUCAUUCAAAAGCAAUGAGUGUAGAAAGAGAUAUUAGAUGGGAAUUAAUUUCAAGAUUAUGUCCAAAUUCAACAGGUGCAGAAUUAAGAUCAGUUUGUACAGAAGCUGGUAUGUUUGCAAUUAGAGAAAGAAGAAAAGUUGCAACUGAAAAAGAUUUCUUAGCUGCUGUUGAUAAAGUUAUUAAAGGUAAUUUGAAAUUUAGUUCAACAAGUCGUUACAUGCAAUAUAAUUAA